AUGCUCCAGGCAGAGAUGCUCCUUUCAGAGCACAACAUCUCGUUGCUGACGAUGAUCGGCCAGCCCACUUGCAACCUGAUGUACCCCUGUGGGCGACUGGAGAAUGAAGAGGUGGCCAUUCGACGAGUCAAGCCACGCGUUCUGGUUGGGGAGCUCGGGCAAGCUAGCAGUCCAAGCAGCUGGACACUCAUGAACUUCAUGAGGUCUCGACGCCUGGUCGACUCCUUGAGCACCUCGAAAGGCCGACCAACUGAGCGACGAGUCACAUGCAGACUAGAAGCUCACCUAACGCUGGCCAGGGACGAGAUGACAUACCUGUUUCCCACAUUAGUCCAGAAUCUUCAAACCCUGGUACUGGAUGAGGCAGACCGCCUCCUGAGCCUGGGCUUCCUCCCCGAGGUGAAGGAGAUCGUGUCCUACCUGCCGACACAGCGUCGAACCAUGCUCUUCUCUGCUACGAUGCCCGAGAGUGUCAUGGAUGUGGUUUCAAAAGCAUGCCGUGGCAACUACCGCUACAUCGACUGCAUCGGGGAGGAAUCCCAGCCAACAGCCAGCACGAUACAGCAGUCCUACGUCGUGUUGAAUGGGCACCAGUGUCUGGCAGCGCUGUACAACCUCAUCAUGAACGAGAUGGCUGCUGACAGGUACGGCUACAAAAUAUUGGUCUUCUUCGCUACUGCUAGAAUGACGACAUUCAUGGCACAGUUCUUCCGCGAGCAGUUGCGACUAGGCGUGUACGAGAUCCACAGACGGCGUGAUGCCGAUGCACGAAUAGCAACCCAAGAGCGCUUCAAGGAAGCACAGUCUGGCAUCCUCUUCUCCUCGGAUGUCUCGGCUCGUGGCAUGGACUAUCCCAAUGUCACACUGGUGCUGCAGUUCGGAGCACCGGCAACCCGCGAGAUGUACAUCCACCGAGUGGGCCGCACCGCACGUGCUGGCAAGAGCGGCCACGCUGUCCUCAUUCUCGGAGAACUUGAGAGGGCCUUCUUGACAGCGGUGCAGGACUUGCCCAUCCGACAGCAUGAGCGGGCGGAGGAGUUGAAACGAGUCAACGAGUUGUUGAUCAAGGCCACUACAUCCUGGCUGGCCUCCGCACCACUGCGUGCGGCAGCCAGUGCUGCCUUUGCUUCGCUGCUGGUCCACUACAAGGCAACUCACAGGAUCUUGCACAUGGAGGACGACGCCGUCAUUCAGGCGGCGAGCGAUCUGCUGCUCGGCUGUGGGCUCGUUGAUCAGCCAGUUAUCUCACGGCGCUUGGGAGUCAUGCUGGGCCUGGAGAAGAAUCCCUUGAUCCAGUGCGCGAGGCGGAUCGGCGAGGAUGACAUGUUGCAGGACGAGCUUCCCGGAGCUGUUGGCUCAUGGAGAGGUUGA